AUGGCGGCCGACUGGGAAGCGAUCGUGGACGAGAGCGGAGUCCCGUACUAUUACAACCCGAUCACGGGCGAGACGGCGUGGUCGAUCCCGGCCGACGAUGGCGCUGUAGACGAAUGGCCACCCGUCGCCGCCAGGACGGACGUUGAGGUCGCGACGCACAGCCGCCCUGCGACGGCUUCAUGCGGAGGUGGCGAGUGGGCGUUUGGGGGCGUCAACCCCGACGAUGGAGCGUUCUUUUUCGUGCACACGGCGACGGGAGAACGUGUGGCGAACCUUCCCAUGUCGCUGGCGGAAGCGCCAACGACGCCAUCCACCGCCCACGAGGACGGCGCGUUUUCUGUCGACGUGGACCCUGCCGUGUUGGUGUGCAUGGAGGACGUGGUCCAAGCGAUCGAGACAACGUUAGCAGUGUGGAUGCGCCGGCGCCAACGCAACGCGAAAGCCCUCGCCAAGCAAAGGCAGCGAGGAAAUGUGGCCACCACGCAUGGAACGACCGUCGACGCCACGCGCGAGGUCCACGGGCGCCAGCCGCGUGCGGCAGUCCGGAUGCACCACGUUCUUGCCAACGCCAAGCGGUACGAAUGCACGGCCGAGUACGAGUCGCGCCGCGCCGCGAUGGCCGCGCAGGUCCGGGAGGACGAGGUCGAGAAGGAAACUGUUCGGGUCAAAGAGCGAUUCGCCCAACGGAGACAGCACCAGCAAGACCAGAUUCAAUUGCGACACCACAUCACGCGAGUCUUGAUCGCUAAAGCCACGAAUGGCCUGGACAUCCAUGGCAAGAUCGACUUGACCAGCGGCGACGAUCGACGGCCGCCUGGACAACCUCUCCAGCGAGAAGAACUGUUCGAGUCGGAGGAGCGGGCGGCGGUCGCCAGACAGCGCAAGCGGCAGCUCGAGCAUCUCUUUGUCGCGAUCGACACGGAUAAACGCGGCACGAUGUCGACGCUGCAUGUGCUGCACGAGCUCGCCAUCCAGCCGCACGUCGUCCAGCGGUGGGUCCAGCCGCCGCGCCGAGGCGUCCAGGACAUGUUGCUAACUGGCGUGCUUCAAGCGUUUUUCCUGCAGCUGCAACGAGUCAAUGUGCGGCAAUUUGUCGAUUUUGUUGAGAUCUCGGAAGAUGUCGUGGCCCGCGUCGACCGCAUCAAAGCCGCAAUGGAGCAAGCGGGCCUCGGUGUCGUCAGCGCCGACGUUGCAACGUGGCAGAGCAGCAUGUUGAACGUGAAGUCGGGCGAGUCGGCGGCAAACCGACAGGUCGUCUUUGUCCGUCGAAUGCAGCUCGCGUUUCAAGCCGCCAAGGAAGCGUGCAUUGCCCAACUGCGCCACGUCCUGCAUUUCCGACAUCCGGGAUCCGUGGCGCCGCCGUCGGAAUGCCCCGCGCGGAAGGAUUCCACCACGACGGCGCCACCGAUCUGGCAACUCGCCCACAAACAUGUCUACCUCCAGCUCACGCCAUACCUGCCGCCGUACUGCGUGCACUGCCGACGGUGUCGCACCCGGCUCGACAAACUCGAGCGCUUUGAAGCCGAAGAAUCCCAUCGGGCGAAGUGGGGCCGGUACCUGGCUAGACGAAUGCACGACAUUGAAAUGUCCAUGCGACAGUGGCCGACGCAGGCCACCGACGACGAAGCCGAUUUAGCCAGCAUAACGCCCGAGCUCGCUGGUGCACGUAUCCAAGGUGCUGGAUCGGCGCGCCGAACGUCCACAAGGAGUCGGGAUGACGAGGCGGUGGCAGUGACACUCCAUGCUAUCGUCACAGGUGCGGCUCUCUUGGCGACGUACAAUGCAUGGGAAGCGCGGGUGCUCGCGCCGCCUCCCCACACCACGAACACACGAAACCAGCCGCCAGAAACAACGCCAGAAACGGCCUUGGCACCGCCAGCAACGUCGGUGUCCAAACAUAGUACUCACGACUUGCUGAACAAACUUACAAAGCGGCGCGAAGAAGUCGAGCGUGAAGAAAUGGCGCGGGCGAUGAUGUUUGACGAGGACGAGCUCAUUCGCGAGGGAUUGGAGAGUGCCAAGAUGACGAUGGAGCUCCCACUGAUCCUCGAGCAAGAAGCGGCCCACCGCGAGUUUGUGCGGCUCGUGCAGGCGUGUGUCAACCCGUCCAUGGUCCUGAAACGACUCAACUUUGAGCGGGUGCUCGCGAUUCGUUCCCCGACCGAUAACAUGGUGCUCCGCGUCGUGGACAGCGCGACCAACACGCACUGCGUCGUCCACACCAUUCGAUGCGCGUCCGUCGACGAGGCGGACCAUGUCGUGCUGGUGGCAAGGCAGUUGCAGCACCACCGCCCGCCGCACACGUUGCACGUGCUGCACGUGUUUCAGUACACGUACCAGCAGUUUGCUAACAACGGCAACCUGAAUGAGUGCUGGCCCAUCGUAUUCGUCGUGACAGAAGAUUGCAUGGAGGGUGGGCACUGGCUGCCGCCGUCGCCGCGGCCCCCGCUUCCGACCGCCGACGUGCUCCACAUUUUGCAUGCGGUCAGCGCGGCGCUGGCGGCGCUGCACAGCCAGUCCAUUUGUCACUGGAAUCUGAACGCGAGAAACCUGUACCGGAGCAGCGACGUCACCCGCGGAGGAGAUGCUCGGGAUCGGCGCCAGCAGCUACGACUCGGCGGGUUCCUCGUGUUUAAGCAGCCAUUUCGCCACGACGACGUGUCCAAGGGUCCGUUGCACCCGUCGCUGGCACCGCCAGAGGUGUCGACAGCGCGCAACGGAGCUGCCGUGCUCAACGAGAAGACGGACAUGUGGAUGCUAGGGUGUCUGCUGUACUCGCUCCUGACGGGUGUGCAUUGGAAGGUCGAUAUCGGGCGAUCAACGUGUCGAGUUGUAGGAUCCGACGUCGUCGUUCGGGAGAAAGACCUUUCAACCAUCAUGACAGACAUCCCGUUGCGGUAUGGCCCAAGUCUUCGUUCGUGCUUGCGGAUGCUCUUGCAGCCCCAGCCGCAGCAUCGGCCGACCGCGAUGGAAAUGUUCAAUUUCAUCUCGUGCGCCUCGCCAGACGAAGGCGCGACCGCCGAUCCCAACGCCCAUCCGCCAUUGACCAUCAAGAAGUCUGCUCCUUCCUUGGACCCCCUGCCGCCUCGAUGA